CAAUUGCACGUGCGUCCGGAAAGUGACAACGCAUGAAAUGGGUUCCGAUAAUUCACCCAAACGUCCCGGUCUGCCGCCAGACAAUUCCGAUGAAGCAUUUCUUGAGGGCGGCGACACUGAUGAUCUCCAGGAAGAGUUCAUUGAAGAGAUCAUCGAAUUGGAUGAUGUGGAUGCCAUGGAAUCCGACGAGGAACUUGGUGAAGCAGCAGCAGAUGCUGAGGAGCCAGAGGAAUCCCUGCCCGUCCGUGACGACGCUCUCCUGACAUUCCGGGAACACUCAGGCCCUGUGUUCUGUGCCAAUUUCCAUCCCACUGAAUCCCUGGCAGUGACUGGGAGUGAGGACGACACGGCUUACGUGUGGAAGACAGACUCUGGCGAGGUGGUCUUCAAGUGCGAAGGACACAGUGACACUGUCGUCAGUGCUUCCUUCAGCUAUGACGGCAGUUACCUGGCCACGGGCGAUCUGGGCGGCUUCCUGCAAGUCUUCCGGGUGGCUGAUGCCUUCAAGCGCGUCUGGGACUUCAGCGUUGGCGACAUGGCGUGGAUGAAGUGGCACCGGGCGUCCAACGUCUUGAUUGCCGGCACUGAGAGUGGUGAAGUGUACUUCUGGCGCAUCCCAUCGGGCGACUGCAAGGUCCUCCAGGGGAACAACUCGAAGGCCGAGUGCGGAAGCCUCACUGCUGACGCCAAGAAGAUGGUUGUGGGCUACUCCGAUGGGAAUGUGAAGCUGUGGGACAUCAAAACGGCAGCAACUUUGCAGACCAUCGCGGCCAAUUCGCCACUGGGUCAUGCGGAUGCUGUUCUGUGCGUCUCCACAGAUCCGGAGGGCAGUCUGUUCGUGUCCGGCGGUACUGCUGGUGACAUGGUGAUCUCCUCCGCUGCAGGUCCGCUUGGGAAAAUCGACGUGGGCAGUUCUGUGGAGUGCAUAGCAUUCGCUCCCAGCACAGAUGCGCUCAAGCUCGUCGCCACGGGCACUCUUUCCGGGAAGCUGAUCAUCUGGGACGUCUCGCGCCAGAGUCCGCGGUGUGAGUGCAAGGAUGAGGACAUGUCUGGACUGACUGAGCUCCUCUGGACGCCGAAUAUGACUCUAUUUGCCGGCACUCUCGACGGAUCCAUCAAGGCCUUCGAGGGAAGGAGUGGCCAGCUGAAAAACACCUUCCUGGGUCACAGGAGAGAAAUUUACGACAUACAGCUGGACAAAAGUGGUCAAUUCCUCCUCAGCGCGAGUGAAGAUGGAACGGCGAAGAUUUUCCGGGUGAUUUCCUAGCCGGAAGUCCGCUCAUCUGUGAUUGGCAUCUCUGUAGACAAUCCCUCAAUAACAGACGUCUCAAUUA